AUGGCGUCCGGACGACAAGAUUUCCUCAGCCAGCCCGCCCCCGAGAAUUAUGUGGCGGGUCUGGGUAGAGGUGCUACCGGCUUCACUACACGGUCAGAUCUGGGACCGGCGCGGGAGGGACCGACGCCAGAACAGAUCCAGGCUGCACUUGCGAAACGAGCGCAGUUACUGGGCGCGGCGCCUCCGACAGCCUAUGGCGCCGGGCGCGAAAAGGGCGGGAAGGAGGAGAAGCCCGAAGAAAACGACGACGACGACGAGCGGUUCCAGGACCCCGAUAACGAGGUUGGACUCUUUGCCUACGGGCAGUUCGACCAGGAGGACGAUGAAGCGGACCGGAUCUAUAGAGAGGUCGACGAUAAGAUGGAUAGGCGACGGAGGAUAAGAAGGGAAGCUCGAGAGCGCCAAGAGCAAGAAGAACACGAACGACAGAACCCGAAGAUCCAGCAGCAGUUCGCCGAUUUAAAACGAUCGUUAGCCUCCGUUUCCGAAGACGACUGGGCCAAUCUCCCCGAGGUCGGAGAUCUGACGGGGAAGAACCGACGAGCGAAGCAGAACCUCCGGCAACGAUUCUACGCGGUGCCGGAUAGUGUUAUUGCCGGGGCGAGAGACUCGGCGCAGUUCAAUACCACCGUGGAAGAUGAAGAAGCUCGCGGCGAGGAUGGGACGAUGACCAAUUUUGCCGACAUCAGCGCGGCUCGCGACAAGGUGCUCAAGGUCAGGCUCGACCAAGCGGCGAUGGGGUCUUCUGGGGACUCCGCCUCUGGAAGUGCGACCAACAUCGAUCCGAAGGGUUACCUUACCAGUCUUACGCAGUCGGAAAUGAAAGCCGGAGAAGUGGAGAUUGGCGACAUCAAGCGUGUCCGGGUUCUACUGGAGUCGGUGACGAGGACCAACCCGAAGCACGCGCCUGGUUGGAUCGCCUUGUCACGUUUGGAAGAGCUCGCGGGCAGGAUCGUGGCUGCCAGGACGGUUAUCGCCAAGGGCUGUGAGUUGUGCCCGAAGAGCGAAGACGCAUGGCUUGAGAACAUUCGCCUCAACGAAGGACAUAACGCCAAGGUUAUCGCUGCCAAUGCAAUCAAGAACAAUGACCACUCAACUCGGCUGUGGAUCGAGGCCAUGCGUUUGGAGUCAGAUGUUCGUGCGAAGAAGAACGUUCUCCGACAGGCCAUCCUCCACAUCCCUCAAUCCGUGGCAAUCUGGAAGGAAGCCGUUAACCUGGAGGAUGACCCCGAAAGUGCUCGUCUUCUUCUGGCCAAGGCCGUCGAGAUGAUCCCCCUAUCCGUUGAAUUGUGGCUUGCGCUUGCCCGCCUGGAGAGUCCUGAAAAGGCUCAAAAGGUGCUGAACACCGCGCGUAAGGCCGUCCCCACCAGCCACGAAGUCUGGAUUGCCGCCGCACGCCUUCAAGAACAAAUGGGUACUUUUGAGAAGGUGAACGUGAUGAAGAGGGCCGUCCAAUCCCUUGCAAGGGAAAACGCCAUGCUCAAGCGGGAGGAGUGGAUCUCCGAAGCCGAGCGGUGCGAAGAAGAGGGCGCAAUUCUCACCUGCGGUGCAAUCAUCCGCGAGACGCUCGGCUGGGGUCUGGACGAGGACGACGACCGAAAAGACAUCUGGAUGGACGAUGCGAAGGCGAGUAUCGCGAGAGGCAAGUACGAAACCGCAAGGGCUAUCUACGCCUAUGCGCUCCGCGUGUUUGUCAACCGCCGAUCUAUCUGGCUUGCCGCCGCCGACCUGGAACGCAACCACGGCAGCAAGGAAGCGCUGUGGCAAGUCCUGGAGAAGGCCGUGGAAGCCUGCCCGCAAAGCGAGGAGCUGUGGCUGCUACUCGCGAAAGAGAAGUGGCAGUCCGGCGAAAUCGACGAUGCCCGUCGAGUCCUGGGCCGGGCGUUCAACCAGAACCCCAACAACGAAGACAUCUGGCUGGCUGCCGUCAAACUGGAAGCAGAUGCGGAGCAAACGGAGCAGGCCAGAGAGCUGCUUUCCACCGCUCGUCGCGAAGCGGGUACUGAUCGUGUAUGGAUCAAGAGUGCCGCCUUCGAGCGGCAGCUGGGCAACAUCGACGAGGCGCUUGAUUUAGUGAACCAAGGGCUCCAGCUCUACCCCAAGGCCGACAAGCUCUGGAUGAUGAAAGGCCAGAUCUACGAAGCGCAGAACAAGUACCCGCAAGCGCGAGAGGCGUACGGCACCGGGACCCGAGCCUGUCCCAAGUCCGUCCCUCUGUGGCUGCUCGCCUCGAGACUCGAAGAGAAAGCCGGCGCGGUGGUCAAGGCCCGUUCGGUACUCGAUCGGGCGCGUCUAGCCGUCCCCAAGAACGCCGAGCUGUGGACAGAGAGCGUAAGAGUCGAACGACGCGCGAACAACAUCGCCCAAGCCAAGGUCCUGAUGGCCAAGGCGCUACAGGAAGUCCCUGCAUCAGGAUCAGGAUUACUAUGGAGCGAAAGCAUCUGGCACCUUGAGCCACGCGCACAGCGGAAAGCUCGCAGCUUGGAAGCGAUCAAGAAGGCCGAUAACGACCCGAACUUGUUCAUCACCGUGGCGCGGAUCUUCUGGGGCGAACGACGUCUGGAGAAAGCCAUGACGUGGUUCGAGAAGGCGAUUGUUUCCAACAGCGAUCUUGGAGAUGGAUGGGCUUGGUAUUAUAAAUUUUUGCUACAGCACGGAACCGAGGAAAAACGCGCAGACGUAGUAUCCAAAUGCAUCUCGACGGAACCGAAACACGGCGAGAUCUGGCAAUCCAUCGCCAAGGAGCCAGCCAACGCACGGAAGUCGACCGAGGAGAUUCUCAAGAUGGUAGCAGACCAACUGAACUGAUUUACUUUCACGGUACUACUUGUAUUUUAGCUUGGAUUUCACGCGUAUCUAUCUGUGUCUUGAACUUGUACGGGUUUAAUUAACCAACUAGGCGUUGCGGAGCUGAUGGGAGAUGGAGAUAUUAGAGAAAACAACAAGGAUUCAUCAAUCAAUC